AUGUUUAAGACUCCAUUGCCACCUCGGAAGAGUGCCAUCCCCACUCCUCCGAGUACGCAGGCCCGUGAGCCUUCGCACUCGGUGGGGGACCGGCUCGCCCAAGUGAAGAUGGAAGAGUCUUUUGACGAGUUUUCGGAAGACAGCUUCAACACUUCUGAUCUCAGCAUCGACGAAAGUGCUUUGGCCGAUGGGUCGCCUUUGCCACGAAAACGGCCAUUUGAUGGGCCAGAAAACACGGAACGCAACAAACUGAAUCAUCGGAGCAACAAGGAGCAGGAGAAAUGGCCAAAAGACGUUGAGGAAGCGUUCGAGAAAGCUUUGCGCAUCAUCCCUAAACAAGGACUGUACAAGAUCAAGAUCAACGGAAGGGCCUGCGGCCGUAACGAGCUGAUCUCAGAUUAUAUUCUUGCCAAGACCGGCAAGGUUCGGUCGCGUAAACAGGUGUCUUCCCACAUCCAGGUGGUGAAGAACUUGAAGAAACGUCCCGAACUUACAAAACUGAUUGUGGACGGUCCUCCUUGCGACCAGGAGACAAAGCGGCUGUUUGACCAGGAAUUUGGCCAGAUAUCCAUGGCUAAGAUCUCGGCUGCGUCCAAGGAGACCUCGUCGGCAGAAAUACAAACAGUGAGAUACCCGUUGGCACCGGUGCCAGCGGUGAGCAAUAUUCAGCCUCGGGAAAUCGGUCUCGGCGACCUGUUCAAAAUCGACCUGACUCUCAAGAAGUUUGUGAUGAACUUUGUCGACUUCGACAAACCGGCCGCGUCUCAAAUGUUUACCUCGUUGCCACAGGAUUUUACCCAGCCUCCAUUGCGGAUCAGAACCAACGCAGACCUCAGCCACCGAUUCCCCCAAUUGUUCGAGCUUGUGGAUCAAAUUAAACAGGACACACAGGCCCCACAGCCUAUCCAAAUGCAUUCAUCCUUGCCCCCCGUCCCAAUUUUGCAUGGAAUGGUGAAGCUAAUUGCUCCUGACGAGAGCCAGGAAUUUUUAACUGGCCACUUCAACGUCAGUUCGAGCCUGCAAUUGGCCAACCUGCCCCUUUCCGACCGGAAGUACGCCUGUCUCACACUCAUCUACUCCUACGGGAGAAUCAUCGUCACCACCUUGGAGAAACUCGAGAGCAAGGCGGUGAAGAGACAGGUCGACCACAAGGAGGUCACUCUAGACAUUCGGCUCGGCACCAACUACUGGGCCGACUUCUUUGCCAGUAUUCGUCGGCUGAUGAAGUCGCCAGACACGAACCACAUCCAUACAGACCUGCUUGCGCGCGCAAUCAAGGGUAUUACCAUGAAGCAGGUCAUAGUCAAUGUCAACAACGACAACGAGCUGGUGGCAGAUACAAAGCCACGGAUCUCGCUGGACAACGUCCCGAAGAACAACGUGAGGGCCAUUUUGCUCUGGGAGUUUCUCAGGGUGCAGGAGCCCGAAGAGGCUACCACCACGGUCCGGCGCAUUCACUUGCCUGUGAAAAGAGAAGCCGAACAGCUCGACGUUUUGCCCGUUCCGGUGGCAGUGCCCGAGACCUCAGACCAUAGCCAGGAUCUGGACUUCCCUGACGCCCUGUCCGACUUCCAGGAACACGAUCCGUUCCUCUCCCUCAACACAAUCAACCCUAACGAAGCCCCUCAUCUGGACGAAAACUAUUCAUAUCUAUGGUAA